CUAACAUCUUCUGGACCAAUUAACGUACCAACAGUGAUUUGGCCAAGGUGGUGAUCCAAUUCCAUGGAAAAGCAGCAAGAAAGGAGCAACGUUGGAGAGAAAGAAGGCGGUCUACCAAGCAGGAACAGUGGCCAAACUGGUCUCGAGCCUAAGGAGCAUAUGAUUGACAUUACUGAAAUCAGUCCUCGGGUGAAAAAUUGGAUUGGGGGUCUCAGAAAAACAGAAGAAAGGACUGAAUCUCAAACUCAAUGGCCAAGGACACCAAAGGUUCCUCAGAUGCUGAGGGGGACCCAGGAUUUCAAGAAAUUCUACGAACCGAGGGUAAUUUCAAUCGGUCCUUACCACAAUGGCAAGCCCCACCUUCACCCAGGGGAAAUGAUCAAGCCUCUAUGUGCACGAAACUUCCUGGAUGAUAGUAAGCAGGACAUCGAAGCUUUGUACACAAAAAUUCGAAGUAAUAUCGAGACAGUGAGGAAGUGCUAUGAUUGGAGUAGUACAAGCGAGUAUGAUGAUGAGGCACUCGCCUGGAUGAUGCUUCUGGAUGGGUGUUUUUUACUACAAUUCAUCCGCCGGAAAGGUAAGAUAAACUUUCUUAGAAAUCACCAAAUAAUUUUUGUGCUGCAGGACUUGUUCUUGCUGGAGAACCAACUUCCCUAUGGAGUCCUCAAGUUGAUUUUUGAGGAAGCAAAAUUCAAUGAUGAUUCACUCAUGAAAAAGAAGAUAAAAGAAUUCGUCACUAAAACCGGAAGGCCAGAAGCGUCGGACGAAGAGUUGGACGAAGAGCCCCCUCAUCUCCUCCACCUUUUGCGAAGUUCUCUCCUAGGCAGGGAUAAAAAGAUUAGGGGGAGUCAGCCCGAACAAGAACAGCAACCUGAGAAAGAAGGAAAGUCGUCGUCGUCUCAAGGAGGAGAUGGGGGUUCCGUUGCCCAUGGAAAAAAUGCAAACAACGAGCCAUUUGGCUGUACUCUUUUCGAAGCAUCAAGGAUCUUAAAGCCUCCGGGAUCCAUCUCAAACCGAGUAGAACGAGUGUGUUGACAGACGUUUCUUUCAAAUCCUA